AUGUUGCAUGUCCGGUGGCUUUCAGGGGAGGAGUUGGCGACCUUGCCUCUCGAAGGCUUGCGCGACAUAAGGUCAGUGAAGCAGGUUUUGCAUAAAGAGCACGGCUUGCCUCCCCGAUUUCGGCAGAGACUCCUGCUUGGAGGGGGAAGCGUAGAAGAUGCUGUGGAGGUAGAUGCAUCCAUGAACAUGCAGCUCGUCCUGCUGGCUUUCUCCGACACAUCCCAGGAAGGGGCCCUACAGAUGGUCCGGUUUGCUGAAAGUGGUGACACCAAGGAGGUUGAGGCUUUGCUUCAGCUGCCUCAAGAUCCGGACUUGGCAUGCUUGAGACACCAGAGACCUCUUUCCAGGGCUGCGCGACAGGGCCAUACCGCCGUGGUACACUUGCUGUUGGAGGCCAAGGCUGGCCUUAACUUGGGAAACGGCGAUGGCACGACGGCCUUGAUGUACUCGGCGUUCUACGGCCACGAAGAGGUCACGCGCGUGCUGUUGGACGCAGGCGCAGAUCCCAAUGUUCUGCGGAACGAUGGUGCAAGCGCCUGCCUAGGCGCGGCCUACCAGGGCUAUUUGGAGAUUGUGCGGAUGCUGUUGGAAGCGAGCGCCGACAAGGAUUCGGCGCGAAACGAUGGUGCAACGGUGUUGAUGGUCGCUUGUUACCAGGGCCAUGCGGAAGUGGUGCGACUGCUGACGGAGGUCCGGGCUUCCUUGGACAGGGCCGACUUCGCGCAAAGCACGGCCUUGAUGUGUGCAAGCCAGGAAGGCUACUUAGAGACGGUGCGUUUGCUGUUGAGGGCAGGUGCGAAGAAAGAUCUGGCCGACACCGAAGGAACCACAGCACUGCUGCUCGCGUGCCACGACGGGCAUCUGGAAGUGGCCCGGCUACUGCUGGAGGCUCGGGCCCAGACAGACCCACGAAACGUUGAGGGCAUUACACCCCUCAUGAUCGCGGCAAGGGAUGGCAAUGCUGCCAUUGUUCGCUUGCUGCUGGAAGCCGGUGCAGACACAGGCUUGCUGGACUCUUCAGGCAAGACUGCGCUUCAGGAGGCAGCUUUGGAGGGGCAUCAUGAUGUGGUCCAGCUGCUCAGGGCCAAGCGGCCUCGUAGCGAAUAA